AACACAGGGUGGGGCGCACGCUUAUAAGGGGCAGGAGCCUCUCAGGGCUGCCAGAAUGGCUCCCACUCAGUGUGCAGCGCCAGCCUGUAUCAUGUCCCAGCUGCGUUUCUGGGGCCUAUGGCCCCUCCUCACGUGGCAAAUACUGUGUCUACUAGUCAAGGAGGCUCAGCCUCUGGAGUGGGUCAAGGACCCACUCCAGCUGAACUCUAACCCCUUGGGGCCGCCUGAGCCCCGGUCUUCCCGCUCCUCCCAUCUCCCAUGGGAAUCCCCCCAUGCGCCCACUCCCCCGGCAGACCCGGGGGACUUUGAUUACCUGGGGCCCUCUGCUUCCUUGCAGAUAUCAGCCCCACCCCGGGAAUCGACUGAAAAUUUGGUUCCAUUCCUGGACACAGAUUCAGCUGAAGAGCUGCCCCUGGGGCCAGAGCAGUUCUCCGCUGCACACCAGGAUUUAAAUGACAAGCUGACUCUGGAAGAAAGGCUCCCAGAGGUGGUCCCACUGCUGGACGGGGAUCAGAACCAGACCCUAGUUCAGCUUCCUCGCCUCAAAAGUAAGGUUCCAACUGCAGAUCUAGAUCGGGCUGCAGGUCAUCAGGCAGAUGAAAUACUUGUUCCGCUAGACAGUAAGAUUUCAAAACCAACCACAUUUAUUGUUUCGCCCAAGAACCUGAAGAAAGAUCUAGCUGAGCGUUGGAGCCUUGCUGAGAUUGUCGGAAUUCCACACCCAUUAUCCAAACCUCAGCGUGAGAAACAGACUUUGCAGGAUGAAUAUUCGAGUAUGGACACACUGUAUCCCGGCAGCCUGCCUCCAGAACUCCGGGUGAACUCAGAUGAGCCCCCAGGGCCCCCUGAGCGAGUUGGACUUUCUCAAUUCCAGCCCGAAACUCAAAAUCCAGAGACGCUUGAAGACAUCCAGUCCUCUUCACUCUGGCAAGAAGCUCCAGCGCAGCUUCCACAGCUCCCUGAGGAGGAAAAACCUUCUUCAACCCAGCAGGAGGCCCCAGCUCUGCCUCCAGCAUCCCCUAUGGAAAGUCUAACUCUACCGAAUCGUGAGGUGACAGUUCAGCCUCCAGGUGAGGAUCAAGCUCAUUAUAACUUGCCCAAAAUCACAGUUAAACCUGCAGAUGUGGAGGUUACCAUAACUUCAGAGCCUCCCAAUGAGAUAGAAUCUUUCCAAGCCCAGCAGGAGGCCCCAGUUCAGUUUCCAGAGGCGGUGGAACCUUCUGCAACCCAACAGGAGGCCCCAACUGAGCCUCCAGGUCCUCCUAUAGAGGCUGAACUUUCCCCCAGUGAGCAGGAGCAGCCAGCUCAGCCUUUGGAGUCUUCUGGGGAGGUUGAAUCUUCUCAGACUCAGCAGGAGACCCCAGCUCAGCCUCCAGAAGAGAUGGAGCCAUCUGCAAUCCAAGAGGGGGCCCCAACUGAGCUUCCAGGUCCUCCUGUAGAGCCUGAACUUUCCCCCAGUGAGCAGGAUCAGCCAGCUCAGCCUUCUGAGUCUUCUGGGGAGGUUGAAUAUUCUCCAGCCCAGCAGGAGGCCCUAGCUCAGCCUCCAGAACAUCAUGAAGUCACAGUUUCACCUCCAGGUCACCAUGAAACUCAGUAUUCAGAUUUCCCCAGUGUCUCUGUUAAGCCUCCAGAUGUGCAGCUCACCAUAGCAACAGAGCCUAGUGCAGAGGUGGGAACUUCUCCAGUCCAUCAGGAGGCUACAGCUCAGCUCUCAGGGCCAGAUAAUGAUGUAGAACCUCCCACCAUCCAGCACGGGGGCCCACCUCUGCCUCCAGAGUCAUCAGAAGAGGCUGGACCUUUAGCAAUUCAACAGACUUCAGUUCAAUCUCCGGAACCUGUUAAUAAUGAGAACCCCUCUCCAACCCAGCAGGAGGCUGCAGCUGAGCAUCCACAGACCGCUGGGGAGGGUGAGUCUUCUCUAACCCAGCAAGAGGCCCCAGCUCAGACUCCAGAGCUCCCUAAUGUAGUUGUAGCUCAAUCUCUAGAGCCUUCAAACCUGACUCAAGCCACAGUUCAACCUUUGGACCUGGGGCUUACCAUCACUCCAGAACCCAUUAUGGAGGUUGGACAUUCUACACCUCUGAAGAAGACUUUCAUUCCUCCAAAGCAACUUAAGGUGACACCUCCACAUCCAGACCAGGUUCAGACUCAUCAUUCACACCUGACUCAAGCCACAGUUCAACCUUUGGACCUGGAGUUUACCAGCACUCCAGAAUCCACGACAGAGGUUGAACUUUCUGCAACCAUGCAGGAGACCCCAACUCAGCCUCCUAAGAAAGUUGUACCCCAACUUCGAGUAUAUCAAGAGGUAGCAAUUCCAACAGUAGGUCUGGAUGAAGCUCAGCAUCCAAUGUCACCCAGCGUCACAGUUCAACCUUUGGACCUGGGGCUUACCAUCACUCCAGAACCCACUACGGAGGUUGUACCUUCUACAGCACUGAAGAAGACUCUAGUUCCUCCAGAGCAUCCUAAGGUGACACUUCCACAUCCAGACCAGGUUCAGACUCAGCAUUCACACCUGACUCAAGCCACAGUUCAACCUUUGGACCUAGGGUUUACCAGCCUCCAGAAUCCCAUGACAGAGAUUGAACCUUCCACAGCCCUGACGACUACAGCUCCUCCUCCAGAACACCCUGAGGUGACACUUCCACCUUCAGACAAGGGUCAGGCUCAGCAUUCACACCUGACUCAAGGCACAGUUCAACCUCUGGCUCUGGAGCUUACUAUAACUACAGAACCUACUACAGAGGUUAAACCAUCUCCAACCACAGAGGAGACCUCAACUCAGCCUCCAGACCCGGGGCUUGCCAUAACUCCAGAGCCCACUACAGAGACUGGACAUUCUACAGCCCUGGAGAUGACUACAGCUCCUCGUCCAGACCAGGUUCAGACUCUGCAUCGAAAACUGACUGAAGUCACAGGUCCACGUACUGAACUAGAACCUACUCAAAAUUCAUCGGUGCAGUCUGUAAGUUACGCCCAAAAUAAGACUUUAACUGUACCAGAGGGACAGAAGGCCUCCACAAGCACCAACAUAUGUGAGCUCUGUACCUGCGGAGAUGAGACGCUGUCAUGUGUUGAUCUCAGCCCAAAGCAGAGGCUCUGCCAAGUGCCUGUGCCAGAGCCCAACACCUACAAUGGCACCUUCACCAUCUUAAAUUUCCAAGGAAACUGUAUUUCAUACAUUGAUGGAAAUGUUUGGAAAGCAUACAUUUGGACCGAGAAACUAAUUCUCAAUGAAAAUUAUUUGACUGAAUUACAUAAGGAUUCAUUUGAAGGCCUGCUAUCCCUCCAGUAUUUAGACUUAUCCUGCAAUAAAAUACAGUCUAUUGAAAGACGUACAUUUGAAUCACUACCAUUUUUGCAGUUUAUAAAUCUUGGUUGCAAUUUACUCACAGAACUGAGCUUUGGAACAUUUCAGGCCUGGCACGGAAUGCAGUUUUUAUACAAGUUAAUUCUCAAUCGCAAUCCUCUGACAACUGUUGAAGAUCCGUAUCUCUUUACAUUGCCAGCAUUAAAAUAUCUAGACAUGGGAAAAACGCAAGUUCCACUUGCAACACUUAAGAACAUUCUCACGAUGACUGUUGAACUGGAAAAACUGAUCUUACCUAGCCGUAUGGCCUGCUGCCUCUGCCAAUUUAAAAACAGCAUUGAGGCUGUCUGCAAGACAGUCAAGCUGCAUUGCAACAGUGCAUGUCUGACAAACACCAUACAUUGUCCUGAAGAAGCAUCCGUAGGGAAUCCAGAAGGAGCGUUCAUGAAGGUGUUACAGGCCCGGAAGAAGCACACGAGCACUGAGCUGACUAUUGAGCCGGAGGUGCCCUCAGACAGCAGUGGCAUCAACUUGUCAGGCUUUGGGAGUGAGCAGCUAGACACCAAUGACGAGAAUGAAGUUAUCAGUGCACUAAGUUACAUCUUGCCUUAUUUCUCAGUGGUAAAUCUAGAUGUGAAAUCAAUAUUGUUACCGUUCAUUAAACAGCUUUCUUCAAAUGUGCAAGAUGGAGAUAGGCCCCUGGAUAUUUUGAAAAACAAUAUAAAGAGCCCCUCUCUUCAACCUGCAUCCGACAACUCAACUUAUGAAAUUUAUGAAAAUAAAUUGAGAAAGCUGUACUUGCUGGAAAAUAUGUUAGAUGCAGAAAUACAGGAAAAAAUUGAUGAAGUUAAAAGGGAAGAAAAAACUGCCAUGCUUAUGCAGACCAGCCUUCUAGGUAACAAAUUUAAACGCCAAAUAUUUGAAAAGGAAUUAGAAACUGUCCAACCACAGGAAAACAGCCUGGCAAAGAUUCAAAGUGUAGGCAACAACCUGCAGAGAGUGAACAGAGUCCUCACGGGCCCAAGGAGCAUCCAGAAAAGGCACUUCAAAGAGGUGGGAAAGCAGAGCACCAGGAGGGAAGAGGGUGCGCAGGCAUUUGUGGAGAGCGCUGCCCAAGAAAAAAGGCUCGGGAGCCCGGUCUCAAGGGAGCUGGGACAGCCUCACACAGAGCAGGGCCGUGAGAAGUUAGCGGGAAACACCGUCUACACCAAGCCUUCGUUCACCCAAGAGCUUAACACAGCAGUGUCUUCUGUGCUGAAACCCUUCUCCAUGGGUGAGCCUUCUGCCUCCACCCCUGCAAAAGCCCUACCUGAGGUCAGAGACAGAUCAAAAGACUUAACCCACGCCAUUUUCAUUUUAGAAAACGCAAAGGCUAGAGUUAAAAGUAUGAAGGCUGCCAAACCAAUCGUACAUUCCCGAAAAAAAUACCGCUAUCAUAAAACUCGCUCCCGCGUGGCCCACAGAACACUCAAGGCCAAAAAGAGUCAAAAGUUCAGAAAGAAAAGUUAUCUCGAUAGACUGAUGCUCGCAAACAGGCCGCCAUUCUCUGCAGUGAACAGCCUCAUAUAUUCCCCUUCACACGGGGCUUUUUCAUUAUUAGGAGACCCGAGUCCUCAGGAAAAUCCUUUUCUGGAAGGAUUUGCUCCUUCAGAACGUUUUACAGAAAACACUAAUGUAAAAGACACAGCUGCAAGAAAUGCCUUUGAAGAAAACGUUAUUAUGGAAAACACUACUAUGCCAGAAGGCACCAUCUCUAAAAACACAACCUACAAUCCUCCUCCUGAGGCAGAUUCCGCUGGGACUGCGUUCAACUUAGGGCCAGCUGUUAAACGAACUAAUCAGACACGAUGGGAAUACAACAACGUGGGCACUGACCUGUCCCCCGAGCCCAAAAGCUUCAAUUACCCGUUGCUCUCGUCUGCAGGUGAUCAGUUUGAAAAUCAGCUAACCGAGCAGCUACGGUCCCUCAUCCCCAACAACAAUGUGAGAAAGCUCAUUUCUCAUGUUAUCCGGACCUUGAAAAUGGACUGCUCUGACACCCAUGUGCAAGUGACCUGUGCCAAGCUCAUCUCCAGGACAGGCCUCCUGAUGAAGCUUCUCAGUGAGCAGCAGGAUGUAAAGGCAUCCAAGGCAGAAUGGGAUACGGAACAGUGGAAAACUGAGAACUAUAUUAAUGAGAGCACGGAAGCGCAGAGUGAACAGAAAGAGCAGAGGUUGAGUGAGCUCACAAAAGAAGUUCCAGGAUAUGGCUAUAACAACAAACUCAUCUUGGCAUUAUUUGUGACCGAAAUACUAACGACUUUGAUUAUAAUUUUCUGCCUCAUUCAGAUUUAUUCUCACCGAAGGUCAUCACAAGAAGAUGAAGGAGGAGUCUCAAGGGGCAUUUUCAGAUUUCUGCCAUGUAGGAGAUGCUGUUCGCCAAGUGAGACCCAGGAUGGAGCUUUCUCAUUCAGACAGCCGCUGUGGCUUAAAGAUAUGUACAAACCUCUCAGUGCCGCAAGAGUAAAUAACCAGGCAGAGAAGCUGCACAAGAAGUCAUCUAAUGAGGAGGAGAUCCUCAGCAGGGAACCUGGGGACAGCGAAGCCCCAACAGAGAUGGGGGAGGAGAGUGAAGCCCAGUCAUAGGAGAAGAAAGAGUGACCCCAGCCCGCCUCAAGCCUCCUUCAAAAAUACGUAGCAUAAAUAAGAAGGGCCAUCAGAAAGAAAAGCAGGACUGAAGCCAGCGGUCCACGCAUCCACAGAGGCAGCGGGCAGAGGAAACACAGCGCCGUCGUUCCCUCCCUUGUUUCCCAGUCUUAUUAGUCACCCAGACCUGAAAACAUAUCCUCGGGGUGGAGAUUUUACAAUUAAAUACUGUUGUUCUCUUGUU